GAAAUGACUAAAGGUGCAUAUUCUUUUAAUAUUCAAAGAGUGAACAUAUAAAUUGUUAGGCUAGUUUUGUUUACAAGCAGGUAAACAAAUGAAAACAUGCAAACAGUGAAGCAGCUGCUUACUUCCUCAAUGACGCUGAGAGAGAAACAAAACGGAGAGCCUCAUUCAUUGGCCUGAGCUCAUGAGAUCUGGGCAACAAACAAUACCGACCAGACAGAAGAAUUAAACCAACCUUAUUUUUAACCUCUCAUUUUAGACAGGGACUUGGAUAGUAAACUCUGAACUGUUACUAGAAAACUGAACAGUAUACAGGCUACAAAACAAUUUUACAGCAAGUUACUUUUGAAGGGACCAUUUUUAUUUUCUUUUUUAUGGUUAUUACUUAUUGUUUUUUAGCAGCUUGACAAUGUUUGUCAUUUUUCGAGUGGUCUUUCUUCAUCUCCUCCUCAUUGUUUUUACUUGCAUCACUUCAGAACAGACAGCAGAAGGCUCCAACAACACUGGCAGGGGACGGAGCCUUGCAGUACUUAACAAUACAUUACUGGAUGAGCAAAAGGAGCAGAUACAAAGCAAUGUCAUUGUACUGCUGGUUCCUCUACUCUGCCUCCUGUCCUUCAUCAUUGGGGUUCCUGCCAACUCAUUUGCCCUCUGGGUGCUGCUCUUCAGAACCAAGAAGCUCCCUUCCAAUAUCCUGCUGAUCAACCUCACCAUCUGUGACCUCAUGUUUCUGUUGUUGUUGCCUUUUCGUAUUGUUUAUCACUUCUGGGGCAAUGACUGGACUUUUGGUGAAUCAUUCUGUCGUAUUGUGAUUGCACUAUUCUAUGGAAACAUGUAUGGUUCAGUGGUUUGUCUGGCACUUGUUGCUGUGGAUCGCUAUGUUGCUCUUGUUCACCCUUUUGGGGCCAAGACAUUGCGUAGUAACAGGAAUUCUGUGUGUAUGAGCGUAUUGGUUUGGAUAGUGAUUGCAACAGCAGCUGUGCCCUUAUUAGUCUCCAAACAAUCUUAUCAAAUAAAGGACCCUCCUAUAACAACCUGCCAUGAUGCUCUUCCACCAGAUGAGCAGGAAAACUUCUUUCUGCCUUAUUUUAUUGCCCUCUUCUCAAUCUUUUUCCUGCUUCCAUUGCUGGUAGUGGUGUUUAGUUAUGUUUCCAUCCUACGUACCCUUAUGGCUGAAGGGCAACGUUAUGCUCACGCUGUAAGAGUGACUGUGUUGAUGUUGAUAGUGUUUGUGGUUUGUUUUUUGCCAAGCAACAUUCUUCUACUGUUGCAUUACUCAAAAUCAGACUUUAUUAAUAAUGAUCUUUACGUUCCAUACCUGAUCAGUUUGUCUCUCAGUACCUUUAACAGCUGCAUUGAUCCCUUCAUCUUUUACUAUGUGUCUAAAGACUUCAGGAACAAGCUAUGUGAAGCUCUGAGUUGUCAUAGAUCUGAUUCAAAGUCCUCCUCAGAAACAUUUAGGUCAAACGUAACACUGAUGUCAAAGCUGAGUAGAAGCAAAGAACUUCUUAAUUGAGGAUCAGUUUGAUCAAGCCUGAGAGGUGUGGCAGUUUAAUGACAUGAAAUUUAGGCCAUCAAAAAAUCUAGGGCUCACUGAAGGAUUAAUACUAUGUCUGUCUUAUAUCCAACCCAGUCUCACGGCAAGUCGUGUUAUAGUAACGAAAAUUGUGAUUAAUUUAUUAGUUUGCUGACACAAUUUUCCGCUGUUUUUCGGGUCUCUGGAGACGAAUGUCUUUUUUGUCCUUCCCAGCACAAAUUUCUAUCAAUGGCUGUUCGUGUCUGUGGGACGACUUUCUUUAUCGUGUCAUUUUAGAUUUUAUUUUCUCAUCAUUGUUUUCUAUUUUUUGACCAUUGUUGCUUGGGGUUUGGGUUAGAAUCAAUUUCUGCGACUUAUUAACCUAAACCCCAACUCUAACCCAAACUCCAGGUCAGAAUAGUUUAAAAAGCAGACGAAAAUGCAUAAAAUUACAUCCUAACGCAAACCCCAAAUCUAACCCUAACCCCAAGCGACAUUGAUUUUUGCAUGGGUACGUGGCUUUUAGUUGAAGUUAAAUUGACAUGCAAACUGCUUUUUGUAGAAAUAUCAGCAACGACUCUUUUUAUGUUUAAAUUGUUUAUAUAUAAAAAAAUGCUGAUUUAGCGUGUCCUUUAAAUUUUAGUAUUGAAGGAUGUAUCUUAUUUUACUUUAGAAUAUGUAAUAUCAAACUUGAAGUUAAAGGUAUAGUUUACUUAAAAUUCUUCCAUCAUUUUUAUCAUCCUCAUGUUGUUCUAAACCUGUAUGAAUUUCUUUUUUCUGAUGAACACAAAAGAAGGUAUUUUGAUAAACGAUGGUAAGCACAUAGCUGAUUGUAACCAUUGACUUCCAUAGUAGGAAAACAAAUAUUAUGGAAGUAUUGUGAUAAAUAAUAAAGAAAAUAUUUUGAUAAAUGAUUGUCAGUGCACAGUUGACGGUAUUCAUUGAAUUCCAUAUUCGUUUUUCCUACUAUGAAAGUCAAAGGUUGCAAUCAGCUGUGUGCUUACCAUCAUUACCAUCAAAAAAAAUCUUCCUUUGUGUUCAUCAGAAAAAAUAAAUUCAUACAGGUUUAAAACAACACGAGGAUGAGAAAUAUUUCAUAGGGUGAACUAUCCCUUUAAUGGUAAACUGACAACUGUAUACAUUUGAUGAAUUCAAACAGUGGAAUGCAAUUGUGGAUUGUAAAAAUGAACAGUGUAUAUGUGCCUAUACAGUUUUGCCUUGGUUUAUAAUCGAUUAAUAUCUAAGGAAAACAUUUCAUUUUAUAGACUUUUAUUUUAUUAUUUAAGUUGCAUGGAAAAUUGUAAAUGUAUUUUGUGUUUAAAAGUUUAAGUAACGUGUCAAGUCAUAUCUGUAACCACUUCAGGUUCUCAUGUCAAAACCCAUGACUUCUCAUUUCCGGUCCCACAAACAGCACUGCACAUUUUGUUUCCCUUAUCUUGUAUGACCAGUUCAGUUAUAGCUGUUUGCAAAUGAUGAUGACUCACACGUGAGACGUAAAGGUUGUGGGUCCCCACGUCCGGAAAUGAUAACAAAUAGACCUCUGUGGUAGACAUGAGCACUGUCUGAGCCUGGUGAUCUAAUUUACUUCCCUCUAUUACUUUAUUGUUUAUAUUUUAUUAACCUUAUUUUAUUGUUUAUUGCUUUCAUUGUACAUUUGUAAUCUGUACAAAACUCUUUAUGGUUUUGUUAAGCACCUUGAAUGUUUACUGUGUAUGAAAUAAAUAAAACUUUGCUUU